GGUAAUUAAGAAUGGGCGGUAUUCUACUUGACCGACUGAAAGAGAAAAUGAAGAGGGGGGAGUAAUGCUUCCCCUGCUCUGUUUAUAAACUUCACGUUUGUGUGGCUGCUGUACUCGUUCAGGCAGAAGAUGAUGAGAAAGGGAGAUUGAGCAGUCCAACUCACGCAGAAAGCUCCUUCAUUUAAAUCUUCUUGCAUUUCUCCUGUUUAUAUAUCGGAGCUUGAAGAGCAAAAGAGAAUCAGAAAGAUGAAGAACGCUGUAAUGGCGGAGAUAGAAGCCAGCAAGCCUUCUAGUAAUGGGUUGGUCGCCGGCGGGCUGAGUCCCCUGAGUGAAACGCUUUGGAGAGAGAAGACGAACACGGAGCUGCUCGGUGACGUCUCGGCGAGGCUGACAUGGAAGGAUUUGACGGUAACGGUGGCGCUUGGAAACGGAGAAACACAGUGCGUGCUCGAAGGGCUGACAGGCUACGCAGAACCAGGAAGUUUCACUGCUCUAAUGGGGCCGUCUGGAUCCGGCAAGUCGACUCUGCUCGACGCCCUCUCCAGCCGCCUUGCCUCCAACGCUUUCCUCUCCGGCGUUAUUCUUCUCAAUGGCCGGAAGACGAAGCUUGCCUUCGGCACGGCCGCAUACGUGACGCAAGAUGACAACUUGAUCGGAACUUUGACUGUGAGAGAGACAAUAAUGUACUCGGCGAGGCUGCGGCUGCCGGAUAAAAUGGAGAGGGAAUCGAAGCGAGCGCUUGUGGAGGGAACGAUAGUAGAAAUGGGUCUUCAGGACUGCGCUGAUACAGUCAUCGGAAACUGGCACCUCAGAGGGAUAAGCGGCGGGGAGAAGAGGAGAGUUAGCAUUGCAAUUGAGAUUCUCAUGAGGCCGAGGCUUCUUUUCCUCGAUGAGCCAACAAGCGGUCUUGAUAGUGCUUCUGCUUUCUUCGUAACUCAGACGCUGAGAGGAUUAUCAAGAGAUGGGCGUACUGUUAUAGCUUCUAUUCAUCAGCCGAGCAGUGAGGUGUUUGAGUUGUUUGAUCAGCUUUAUCUGCUUUCCGGAGGCAAAACUAUUUAUUUUGGGAAGGCUUCAAAGGCAUAUGAGUUCUUUUCGGAAGCUGGAUUCCCUUGCCCAUCGCUGAGAAACCCAUCGGAUCAUUUCCUGAGAUGUAUAAACUCGGAUUUUGAUAAGGUUAAAGCUACAUUAAAGGGUUCAAUGAAGGCAAGGUUUGAGCGGAGUGAUGAUCCUCUGGAAAAAAUGACCACAUCAGAAGCAACACGAAGGCUUACUGAAUACUAUCGUCGCUCUCAGUAUUAUUACACAGCAAGAGAAAAAGUAGAUGAGAUCUCUCGAGUUAAAGGAACUAUUCUGGAUCCAGGAGGAAGUCAGGCCAGUUUCUUCAUGCAAUCUUACGUUUUAACCAAGCGUUCUUUUGUAAACAUGUCCAGGGAUUUUGGUUAUUACUGGUUGAGGCUUGUCAUUUACCUAGUUGUCACUGUUUGCAUUGGAACAAUAUACCUGAAUGUGGGAACUGCAUACAGCUCAAUCCUGGCUAGAGGCGCUUGUGCUUCUUUUGUUUUUGGCUUUGUCACCUUCAUGUCCAUAGGAGGUUUUCCAUCCUUUGUCGAAGAUAUGAAGGUCUUCCAAAGAGAGAGACUCAACGGGCACUAUGGAGUGUUAGCAUUUGUUAUCAGCAAUACAGUUUCUGCAAUGCCAUUUUUAAUCUUGAUAACCUUUCUCUCUGGGACCAUCUGCUACUUCAUGGUGCGACUUCAUCCAGGAGUUAUCCAUUAUCUGUUCUUCGUGCUUUGCCUCUAUGCUAGUGUUACUGUGGUUGAGAGCUUGAUGAUGGCUAUAGCCAGUGUUGUUCCUAACUUUCUUAUGGGAAUCAUCAUAGGAGCUGGAAUUCAGGGAAUUUUUAUGCUGGUUUCUGGCUACUUCAGACUUCCAAAGGACAUUCCGAAGCCAGUUUGGAGAUACCCAAUGUCAUACAUAAGCUUCCACUACUGGGCACUGCAGGGUCAAUACCAGAAUGACCUCAGUGGCCUCCUCUUUGAUGGCCAGAGCCCAUAUGACUUCAAGAUCCCUGGUGAUUAUAUCCUCGAACAAGUGUUUCAGAUCGAUGUUCGUCGAUCCAAAUGGUGGGAUCUGUCUGUUCUCUUCAGCAUGAUCAUCAUUUAUCGCAUCAUCUUCUUCAUCACCAUCAAGAUCAGUGAAGAUUUUGCUCCCUGGAUCAGAGGCUACAUUGCCAGGAGGAGGCUUCAGAAGAAGCAAAACCUGAAAGCCUCAGCUGAGCUAGCAAACAGAACUCCAUCUCUUCGAGCUUAUGUCGUCCCACCGAUAGCCAGUCAAUCCAAUUCAUCAGAGACAGUUUAGUAAAAGCAAUAUGUUCUUUAAUCUUACAAAGUAUAUCGUGUUUUAAAUACUGGAAAGAUUUAUCAGGCUCUAUGAGUGUUCUUAUCACUUCAUUUAAGAGUGGUAUUCUCUUGCUUUUCUUUUUUUUUUUUUUUUUUGGAUUCAAGGAAAUGGAAGAAGAGGAAAUGAAUUCCUAACAACUUAUGUGUUGAUUAUAAAUGUGAAGUUACGGAUUUACGCCA